AUGGCAGCAGAAAUUAUAAAACCUUCUAUUGGACAAAAGUUUAAUAGUUUUGUAGAUUUAGAAACAUUUAUUAAAAAUUAUGGAAAACAAGAAAAAGAAGUUUUUACUGUGUUUUCUAGUCAAACUAUUAAAAAUCAUCAUCUCUUUCGAUUUAGUGUUGAUCAUUCAUUAAAAUAUGUGUAUGUUGAAUAUCGAUGUAAAUUUGGCAAAGAGCGUGAAACAACUGCCGAGCAUCGGCGGUCAAGUACAUACAAAAGAAAUUGUGAAGCAUUUAUACAUCUGAAAUUGUCACCAAACAAAAGAGAACUAGAGAUUGACAGCUUAAACCUGGAUCACCUUAAUCAUGCACAGUCGAAGUUAUGCUAUAACGCUAUAGUGGAAAAUCGAAAAUUGUCACCAAGUAGCCUACAAAAAUAUCAAAAACUUUUUGAAACUGAUGGCAAAAAUCAACUCAUUAAAAAUGUGAUUUCAAGAGAAACAAACAAGUUCUUAUCAAAUAGAGAUAUACAAAACAUCAAAUCUAGAAAUAAAUUGUAUGAAAAAAAAGAUUUGUUGGACAUUCAACAUUUACUUCAACAUGAUUAUCGCUGCCAAGUUGAAAUACGAUGUGACGAACAAAAUUACUUUAAAGGAAUUUAUUUUUCAACUGAAGAAAUGAGACGAUCUAUGUCAUUGUGGCCUGAAAUAGUCUUUGUUGAUGGCACUUACCAAUUAACUAAUUUAGACUUAACACUAAUGAUUUUAAUGGUGGAAGAUGGUAAUGGACGUGCUGAAAUUGUUGGUGCUGCAUUUAUAGCCGUAGAAGAUGCUGAUACGAUGAAAUGGUUUUUUGAAUCAUUUAAAAAACAAAAUUUUGAAUCCUCUAAAAAAAUUUUGUGCUUUAUGACUGAUAAAGACAUGACUGAAAGAAAUAUGAUUCGUGAAGUAUUUCCGAACGUAAUUCUAUAUCUUUGUUUAUUUCAUACAUUGAAGACAUUUAAGCGCACGGUUAAUGAUAAAAAAUAUAGUCUUCAACCAGUUGAGAAAGAAACUAUUUUAAAACUUCUUGAAGGUUUAGUUUAUAGUGUAGAUGAAAGUGAUUAUCAAAUUAAGUAUGAUAAUUUCAAAGAAUUAGUACCUACUAAAAUAGUGCAAUACUUCAAUGAUAACUGGCAUCAAAAUCAUUCAGAAUGGACAAAAUAUUCAAUGAUUUAUGGUAAUUUCAAUAAUACCACCAACAAUAGACUUGAAAACGUCAAUGGAAAAAUAAAAGAAAUUGCUAAGCGUAAAGAUACUCUACCAAGUGCGAUAAAACGUUUUUUUGAAUGGAAUAUUUCGCAUAACCAAGAAACUGAUAUUAAGUUGGCACAGCAUAUUUUAAAAAGACCAAUUAUAAUAUCUAGCAAUGAUAACAUUUAUUAUAAAUAUGCUAAUUAUUUGACAGAUAUAGCUUUUAAAGCACUUUCCCCACACUUGGACUGCUACAAAGCUGUUACAUUGAAAUAUUGUUGUUUGGAAUCUCAAAAAUGUAUCAUUAGUUUUAAAACAACAGAACUAACAACAACGCCUACUACUUGUACCUGUGAGUUUAACCAAUCGAUGUCUUUACCUUGCAAACAUAUUUUUUUGUAAGAUCUUAUUUUAAGUUACCAUUGUACUUGGAAACUUCCCGGGAAAAAAUGAUUUUGCCUAAUCAUAUAUGAUUAUAUAUGUUCAUAUAUAUGAUCAUAUAUGAUUAUAUAUAAUCAUAUAUGAAGUUAUAUAUAAUCAUGCAUGAUUAUAUAUGGGGUCAUAUAUAAUUAUAUAUAAUUAUAUAUGACCCCAUACAUAAUUAGAUCUGAUCAUACCUGGCUGUUAUAAGCCCAUAUAUAAGUCUAUAUAUAAUCAGAUCUGAUUAUAUAUAAGUCUAUAUAUAAUUAGAUCUGAUCAGAUCUGAUUAUAUAUAAGUCUAUGUAUAAUUAGAUAUGAUCAUACCUGGCUGUUAUGACCCCAUAUAUAAUCAUACAUAAGUCUAUAUAUGAUCAGAUCUAUUUAUAUAUAAGUCUAUAUAUAGUUAGAUCUGAUCAUACCUGGCUGUUAUGACCCCAUAUAUAAUCAUGUACAAGUCUAUAUAUGAUCAGGUCUGAUCAUAUAUGAGUCUAUAUAUAAUUAGAUAUAAUCAUACCUAGAUGUUGUAACCCCAUAUAUGAUCAUAUAUAAGUCUAUACAUGAUUAGAUCUGAUCAGACAUGAUUGAUACAAACCCAUAUAUAAUUAGA